UAAAGCUACGGGAACAUACUGUACGGGGCAAAUGCUUAAUAUUUUCGGUAAUGAGUGAUUUGAAUAGGCUGUCUCGAUUUUUAGCCAAAUUACUACGACAUGAAGCUACAUCUAGGGGACUGGAUAUAACACCAGAGGGCUAUGUAGUUAUAGAAGAUGUGCUUCGCCUUCCUGAAGCUCGGAGUUUCAAGGUGUCAGAUAUAGAGAAAAUCGUGGCUAAUGACAGUAAAGGACGAUUUAAGAUCAGGACUCACUGUGGAACUAAACAAAUAAAAGCCACCCAAGCACAUUCUAUACAGCUGGAAAGUCCCGAGCUCACGCCAAUCAAUCAUUACUCGGAUGCAAGAGUUGUUCUGCACGGCACUAAGACAGAGUACUGGCCAUCAAUAAAGGCCGAGGGUCUGUCAAGGAAAACUAGGACUCACAUCCAUUUUGCAGAAGGAGAACGUGUACAAAGCGGUUUUCCACCAAAUUGUGAUAUGGUAAUAGAAAUUAACCUGGAACUCGCGUUAAAAGACGGAUUGAAAUUCUAUAAGUCGGAAAAUGCUGUGAUAUUAUGUGCCGGGAAUAUUAAUGGCGUAAUUUCACCAAGAUAUUUUAAACGAGCAUACAACUUACACACACGUGAGUCUAUUAAAAUCGACUGAUGUCAGUUAAGCUACCCAGCAGGAACAACUGUACUACCCGCCAGUACCAUGUUUGUUUAUCAUGUCUAUUUUAAUAUUAACUUACUUUUAUAUUUAAGAAUAUUUUUUUAAUUAUUUGGAUUUUUAUCAAAUGUUUGAUAUUUUUGUAGACACGUCACUUUAUGUGAAAAAGAUUAUGCCAUUUCAGCCCUUGUUGUUUUCAUGUGUAUUGCACUUCUUGUUUUGUCUAACGUGAAUUUGUCAUGCAAGCGCACGCAGUUAGGAUGUUUCAAGCUGGUAUGAACGGUUGGUUAGCUUAGUAAUAACAUUACCGUAUUUUCCGGACAAUAGGCCGCGGUCUAUUCGUUUAAAAAAGUAAAAUUUUCAGGGGCGCGGCCUAUGCGUCGAAGCGGCCUAUACGUCAAUUUAUAUUUUCUAAAUGGGCCUUUCAUGCGGCCUAUGCAACGGUUUUAAUUUUUCACUUGCAUUUUGAAAGCCGAUCGAAUCAUGUAAAAUGUAAAGAAUGGACAAUAUUGCCGAGAGGGCCUUUGAAAACAGCUCAAGAAACUUACAUUCGGACUUAACAGUCCACUGCAUUUGACGAAUUAACAAGUGUGAUUACCUGUAAAUACAACAAUAUUUCAAUGACUAUUUAUCGAGGACAGUCUUUAUACGACAUGGUCAUGUUCGACGCCUAGUGGUGUAUAAGCCGCGGCCAAUAUGCCGGAGCGGCCUAUACGUUAAAUUUUAUUUCUGAUAUAGUUAAAAUAAACGGCUGCGACCAAUACGGUGCAGCGGCCUAUUGUCCGGAAAAUACGGUAUUUAAAUUUUUAUUCCUUUACAUGUUUGAAACAUGUCUAACUGUUUAAUAUUUAUAUAAUUAUCUAAAAAUAAAAUAAACUUAGAACAAUCCUUUCCGUUGCAUAAAUAUUUGGCCGCCGCGUAAUGUCAUUAUCACUAUUUUUAUCUGUCCCUUCCAAUAAGGAAAUAUUGACCAUAGCUUUAUCUGGAAUUUUAAAAAAAAUGUUAGAAAUUACUAAUACCCAUUAUUAAAAUUAUGCGUUAAGUUCUUAUCAGUAUUUUGCUAUUUCUGAUAUGAGUCCUGUUAAAUCGUUGAUUUUGCCUUUGUUAAAUUUGUUAAAAUGUAAUAAAUUUUUAUUCACACUAUGUUCACAUUAUCAAAUUUUUUCAUAUCUGUGAUAAAAUGUAAUAAAAUUGUUAACGCUU